GGAGCUGCCGCAGCGACGGUGCCGGGGCGGAGCCUCGCGGGCGGGGCGGGGCCGCCGCUCUCCGCGCGCCGGUUCCGGUUUAGCGGCGGGCGCGGAGCUCAGGCCUCGGCAGCCGCGGUGCCGGGGGCGUCAUGGCCGCGACCGCGUGGAUGCCCACGGUUUCUCGGUUGCUAGGUGCUUUCAAAAGCCAAAAAAAGGUGACCAGAAGUUUUGGUAAUGCUGUACAAACAGUAACUUUAAUCCCAGGAGAUGGCAUUGGACCCGAGAUUUCUGCUGCUGUUAUGAAGAUCUUUGAUGCUGCCAAAGCACCUAUUCAGUGGGAAGAGAGGAAUGUUUCGGCUAUCCAAGGACCAGGAGGGAAGUGGAUGAUACCCCCAGAAGCCAAAGAAUCCAUGGAUAAAAACAAAAUGGGAUUAAAAGGGCCCCUGAAGACCCCGAUUGCUGCAGGGCACCCGUCCAUGAAUCUGCUGCUGCGUAAAACCUUUGACCUGUAUGCCAAUGUGCGUCCGUGCGUGUCCAUUGAGGGCUACAAGACUCCCUACACGGACGUGAACAUCGUCACCAUCCGUGAGAACACCGAGGGCGAGUACAGCGGCAUUGAGCACGUGAUUGUUGAUGGGGUUGUGCAGAGCAUCAAGCUGAUCACAGAGGAAGCCAGCAAGCGCAUUGCAGAGUUUGCUUUUGAAUAUGCCAGAAACAAUCAGAGAAGCCACGUGACUGCAGUGCACAAGGCAAAUAUUAUGAGAAUGUCUGAUGGACUUUUCUUGAGAAAAUGCAGGGAGGCAGCAGAAAACUGUAAAGAUAUUAAAUUCAAUGAAAUGUACCUGGAUACUGUAUGUCUGAAUAUGGUUCAAGAUCCAUCUCAAUUUGAUGUGCUUGUUAUGCCAAACUUGUACGGUGACAUCCUCAGUGACUUGUGUGCUGGACUCAUCGGGGGUCUUGGAGUAACACCCAGUGGAAACAUUGGUGCCAAUGGCGUGGCCAUUUUUGAAUCCGUUCAUGGAACAGCACCAGACAUUGCAGGAAAAGACAUGGCCAAUCCCACUGCCCUCCUGCUGAGUGCUGUGAUGAUGCUGCGCCACAUGGGAAUGCACAAACACGCCUCCAAGAUUGAGUCAGCCUGCUUCGAUACCAUUAAAGAUGGAAAGGUCUUGACAAAGGACUUGGGAGGCAAUGCCAAGUGCUCGGAAUUCACAGAGGAGAUCUGCCGCCGAGUACGGGACAAAGACUAAACCUCCUGCUGCUGCUGCUUGUGACUGGAAGGACACAUCACAGAGUACAAUAUAUGUAACCUGAUAUCCACAUGCAUAGAGUUUGCUUCUCUCUUGAGGGCAGACUUUUUAGCUGAGGCCUCUCCAUUAAUAAACCUAGUCCAAAUGGCUACAAACAUUGCUUGUGCCUGCUUUCGGUGGACUUUUCCAAGUGCUUUGUCUUAUUUAUUUUUUUCUAUCUGGUGAACAUUUUUAUGUAAGUGAAUUCUUUUAUUGGCACUCUAACUGUUUAAUAUUUUCCAUUUCAAUUAGAGGGUUUAGAAAAAUUAUGCAAACAAACAAACCAGUAACAGAAUUAGUGAAAUAUAAAAGCACCUUAAUGUUUAAAACCUACUUUAUUGAUCUUGUUGAAUUUAAAAAGAUAGGUUUUCAGCCUAAGAGUAGCACAAGAUGAUCUUCAUACACAGAAAUGGGUAUAAAAUAACUUAAAAUAGCAAUUUUGUGUUAGAAACAAUGAGAAAACCACUUUAGUACUCUGGUGAUUCGUGAAAUACAGCCCUGCCCACCAAAGGCAUGAAUUAAGAAAUACAAAAUUCUAGAGAUUUAAUCUAUUUCUGUAUUUUAAAAAGAAACUUACAGCCAUUAACAAGGGGUGAAAAUAAAUGCUGAAGCAAAGUUUUUUUGUUUUGUUUUGUUUUGUUUUUUUUUUAAUCUAUAUACCAAAAUAAUUCUUACAAGUUUUCCUCUCUGAAAUACACUUUACACUCGAGUUCUAAUGAGGGCAAACUAUACAAAAUUACUUCUGCCAUAUAUUGUGAGGGGAAAGUAUUAACUUUGCAAAUUUACACUCAGUAUUUCAUGACUUCGGCUAGAAUGCUGUUUGUGUUGUAGUUUCUGCACAGUCUGCUCAGUGUGUCUUCCUGUGUAUUGACUAGUAAUUUUAUUCUAGAAACUCUGAAUGUAAGAGACUAAUCUAGAACUAAAUGGAUUAAGACAGAUCAGCGGUUUGGCUCUGGUGCCUAUAUUCCAGAAAUACAUUUCAUCCCUAUUCAAGGGGAUCUGAAUCUAUUUUUUCCUUGCUUACUAAGCUUAAUGAGUGCAAAAGCAACUGGUUGCCCUUCCCAUCAGGUGCAGAUCAUCACUCAAGUCCUUCUGAUCUGGAGCUAUCAAGGUAUUGCUUCCAUUCCUGUGCCUGACAAGGAAAUCGGUAUCGUCAAACUCCUUAGUGUGGCACAGGAUUAUCCCUCCUGCCAGAAGCAGGCUUACAGGCUCCUUCUAUUCCUAGAAAGUAACUAAGUGCAGUAAUAUCUAAUGCCACUGUUUUACGCUGGUUGUUUCAGAAGUAAAACAACUUUUGGAGUAACAACUUCUCGUGUCACUCUCUAAAGAAAGCAUCCAGCUUUUUUAUACAGUCUAACAACGUGCUGGAGGAGCUUUAUUCCUCCCAUACUCUGCUUUUCGUGAAUGGGGCAACAUUUCUUUGUGUUUUACAAGCUGCUGCUUCCUUGUUUUCUUCAGAUUAAUAUUGUUAAAAAAUUCUGAAUUACCAUUGCGCACAAAAUGGGGAAGAAUAAACUUUUCAAAGUCCUA